GUGAUGUCUGACAAUCUCAACAAUUUGCCUUAUCUGAUCUAACAUUGGUCUAUAAAAACAGAAAAAGAUCCUCUUAGCUUCUGCAAUAGCCUUCAAUGGCUUCCACCAUUAUACCAAUAUUCAUCUUCUUUUUCUUCUCUUCAACUUCCUCUCUCAACGUUUCUUCAGCAAAUUCUCUGAACCCAAAUCUCACUUCCAUACGAAGCUUCUGCAAAUCAACUCCAUACCCAGGUUCUUGUUUCGAUUCACUGAAGCUUUCCAUUUCAGUAAACAUCAGUCCCAACAUGCUUUUCUACCUCCUUCAAACCCUCAAAACUGCAUUAUCCGAGGCCGCGAAGCUAACAAGUUUAUUCUCCAAUGACGGAAAUGGAAACGUGAUCGUCGAGAAACAAAGAGGAGCAUUGCAAGAUUGCAGGGAACUCCAUGAAUCAACACUAUCUUUGUUGAAAAAAACAGUGUCGAGAAUCGAAGAUGAAGAUUCGAGGAAGAUAGUUGACGCGAGAGUCUAUCUCAGUGCAGCUCUCACGAGCAAGGAUACAUGUUUAGAAGGGUUAGAUUCUGCAUCUGGUCCAUUGAAACCUGUUAUUGUGAAAUCUUUGCUUAGUACUUACAAACAUGUGAGUAACUCUAUUUCGAUGCUGCCCAAGUCGGGAAAACGGCAUCGUAAUCGUCGGCGCUUGCGAGGCAUCGACGACGAAUAUGAUCCAAGCAAAGUGCUGACCGUUGCGGCCGAUGGCACGGGGAAUUUCAGCACCAUUGCCGAGGCUAUUAUCUUUGCUCCUAAGAAAAGCAAAGAGAGGGUAAUGAUCUAUGUUAGGGAAGGGGUUUACGAAGAGAAUGUGGAGAUCCCGAGCAGUAAAACCAACAUUGUUUUGCUUGGAGAUGGCAGUGAUGCCACUUUCAUUACUGGGAAACGAAGUGUGGGUGAUGGCUGGACCACUUUCAGAUCUGCAACUGUUGCGGUAUCCGGGGAAGGCUUUUUGGCUCGGGACAUAACCAUAGAGAAUAUGGCAGGGCCAGAAAAGCAUCAAGCAGUUGCAUUAAGAGUAAAUGCAGAUUUCGCUGCAUUCUACAGAUGUGCCAUCAAUGGGUACCAGGAUACGUUAUAUGUCCAUUCUUUCCGACAAUUUUACCGCGAAUGCGACAUAUCAGGGACCGUAGAUUAUAUAUUCGGAAACGCUGCUGCGGUGUUCCAGGCAUGUAACAUAAUCUCAAGGAUGCCGAUGCCAGGUCAGUUUACCGUCAUCACAGCUCAAUCUCGAGAUGCCCCGGACGAGUACACUGGGAUUUCGAUCCAGAACUGUUCGAUUCUCGCCACGGACGAAUUGUACGGGAAUUCCAGCAGCGUUAAAAGCUACCUAGGGAGACCAUGGAGGGUGUAUUCCACCGUAGUUUUUCUCGAAUCCUACAUCGAUGAUCUUAUCGAUCCUAACGGAUGGAGAAAGUGGUCUAGUGAUGAGGGCUUGGACUCCCUUUAUUACGGAGAGUACAAUAAUUUCGGACCGGGUUCGAAUACAGAUAAUCGAGUCGCCUGGCCUGGAUAUCAUGUAAUGGAUUACGAGAAUGCAUAUAAUUUCACAGUCUCGGAGUUCAUCACGGGUGAAGCUUGGCUGGAUUCUACAUCGUUCCCAUAUGAUUAUGGGAUUUAAAUUUUAUCAGCUUCUAUUAUUGUGGUGACUGAUAAAGCUCUAACAGAGUAGCCCACGGAAAUGGUUUUCAGUUUGACAGGUCAGAUCCACAUGUAUGUGUUGUCUUUUUCUUUUGGUAAGUAGCUUUAGUAUGUACUUUAAAACUGUAAAAAUUGAAAAAUUCCAAGCGGAAAUUGUCCAUCGCGACUUGAUUGAACUGCAAACACCGUACGU